AUGACCCCCUGGCCAAGGCUCAACCGGCUCAACCCGUUGGUCGCCAAGCCGGUUCCAUGUCUGAGGCCGUGGGAGUCUCGGAGGGCGAGCAAGAUGCUGUCGGACCCGGAGAACGUUGCGUUCCUCGCGCACGAGAUCGGGAAGAAGAUCUACGAGUUCAUGCUGCGGCCGGUCGAGGACGCGAGCGAGAUCGACACGCGCCUGACGCCCGCGCAGAUCGGGCUUGACUCGCUCAUGGCAAUCGAGCUGAAGCCCUGGUUCAAGCGCGUGUUUGGCAUAGUCAUGAGCGUGAGAGAGAUCAUGGACUCGGGUUCGCUGCUGCAGCUAGGCGGGCUCAUGGCCACCAUAGUCGGGGCGAAGAUUGCUGUGAAGUGA